UUGCUGUGGGUCUCUCUGUGGAUAUUUCGUCGAACCCUCGUCCUCAACGUAGCGACAUCCGCUGAAGUAUUAACAUAUUAUUAUUAUUAGACUUGUACCGUGGUAUAUAAUACGAGUAACGCAUCACACCACAGUAGAAUACUCUGUACACCCUGACGUGUCUGACUGUCGUGUAUCAUCGAGUAUCGAAUAAUAAACCACACAAUAUUUUCAUUACAUAUCAUACGAACGAUAAAAACGAUAAAAACGAUAAAAACGAUAAAAACGAUAAAAACGUCAAUAAAAAUGUCUAACACUACGACGAUCAAGUGCAUGGUUAUGGCCGUCGUCUUGCUUCAAAUAACUGUCAUUUUUGCGGCUGCCAGUCACCAAAGGCGGGGCAAAGAGCUGUUGGACACUGAAGACAGUGACUUUUUCCGGUGCAAACAAGCCAGCAGGAAGUCAUGUUGUGGCCCAGAAAAUUCAAUGAAGCGAUUCGGAGAUAAAGACAAAGCAGCAGCUGAUGAGUGUUACGCACAAGUAGCCGAGAAGUUUGCGACGGUUACAGCUACUACACCCAAACAAGACUUGUUUUCCGCCGAUGCGGUUAAGAUUACCAAAAAGAAGCAAUUUUGCCUGCAUGAAUGUAUUGGCAAGAAAAAUAAAUUGCUCACCGAAGACGGUUCACUGAACAAAACGUUCAUAGCUGAUUACGCAAUGAAGAGCGUCUUUAAAGAACAGUGGCAGAAACAWGUGGGGCAAAAAGCCUUGGACAAAUGCCUCGAGGAGACCUACAUACCGUGGCCAGCAGAAGAUAAAGAAAACGUGUGUAAUCCAGUAUACGUACAAUUCCAACAUUGUCUGUGGUUUCAAUAUGAAUCGAACUGUCCUGAAGAUAAGAUUAAAACUACCAAAAAAUGUGAGAAGACUCGAAACCGAUACAGGAUGCAAAAAUCAACAUCAAACUAAUGAUUCGCAACUUAWUGAUAUUACUGCGCUAAUUGACUUCAGAAUACAUAAGAUAUAAUAUACACACGUUUUCAGUUAGUUUAUUAAAAUUAAAAUCUAUCGUUUAGCUUAAUUAUUAUUAUUAUUUUUUUGCAAGUACCAACUUUUGGAAGGUUUUCAAAAAAUAAAAAAAAUAACUAACUGUACGGAAUUAUAAUCCCACCUUUUUUAAUUUUACUAUUGUUUAUUGAUUUCUAAUUACUUUAUCCAUAAAAAAAUCCUGUCGUUUUUAUAUGAACUGUGUUGAGGUACACGAAUUUAUAUGUUAUUAUAUUAUUAUGUUGUAU